AGAGUAACUGGGGACACUGCCAGCCUUGCCUACUGAGCUUGAUGGAAGAUCGGAUGCAGAUGAGUCGAUUCUAUUCUGUGAAGUAUUAGCUGCCAUCAGCCUGAGCUUAAGCUACUUUUUCAGCACCAGUUCACCUGUAGACACUUCUAAAUUUUGUUUUACUGGGAAAAAAAAAAGUCUGGGUGAAGAAGAGAUCACUUUUAAGAAGUUAGCUUCCUUCUUCCUCUACAAGUUGAGGCAAAAGACAAGGCUGUGACUCCAGUGGGCUGUAUCUUUAAAACAAAAUAGGAGAAGGAGAAGAAAGGGACAAUGGCUCUUAGUGGAAACUGUAGUCGUUUUUACCCCCGAGAACAAGGAGCAUCAGUUCCCAACUCCUUCCCUGAGGUCAUAGAGCUGAAUGUUGGGGGUCAAGUUUAUUUCACUCGCCAUUCUACACUGAUAAGUAUCCCUCAUUCCCUCCUGUGGAAAAUGUUUUCCCCAAAGAGGGACAUGGCGAAUGACCUAGCCAAAGACUCCAAGGGAAGGUUCUUUGUUGAUAGAGAUGGCUUCUUGUUCCGUUACAUCCUGGACUAUCUCAGGGACAGGCAGGUGGUCCUGCCUGAUCACUUCCCAGAAAGGGGGAGACUGAAAAGGGAAGCAGAAUACUUCCAGCUCCCAGACUUGGUCAAACUACUGACCCCCGACGACAUCAAGCAAAGCCCAGAGGAGUUCUGCCACAGUGAUUUUGAAGAUGCCUCCCAAGGAAGUGACACGAGAAUCUGUCCCCCUUCCUCGCUGCUCCCCUCCGAUCGCAAGUGGGGCUUCAUCACUGUGGGUUACAGAGGAUCCUGCACUCUGGGCAGAGAGGGCCAAGCAGAUGCCAAGUUCCGGAGAGUUCCCCGAAUUUUGGUUUGUGGAAGGAUUUCCUUGGCAAAGGAAGUCUUCGGAGAAACUUUGAAUGAAAGUAGAGACCCUGACCGAGCCCCGGAAAGAUACACCUCCAGGUUUUAUCUCAAGUUCAAGCAUCUGGAAAGGGCUUUUGAUAUGUUGUCCGAGUGUGGAUUCCACAUGGUGGCCUGUAACUCAUCGGUGACAGCAUCUUUUGUCAACCAGUAUACAGAUGACAAGAUCUGGUCCAGUUAUACAGAAUAUGUCUUCUACCGGGAGCCUUCCAGGUGGUCAUCCUCGCACUGUGACUGCUGCUGUAAGAAUGGCAAAGGUGACAAAGGAGAGAGCGGGACAUCUUGCAAUGACCUCUCCACCUCCAGCUGUGACAGCCAGUCAGAAGCCAGCUCUCCUCAGGAGACCGUCAUCUGCGGGCCUGUGACACGCCAGACCAACAUCCAGACUCUGGAUCGUCCCAUCAAGAAGGGUCCGGUCCAGCUGGUCCAACAGUCCGAGAUGCGACGGAAAAGCGAUUUGCUUCGGACCCUAACCUCGGGCUCUAGGGAGUCGAACGUGAGCAGCAAAAAAAAGGCUGUUAAGGAAAAGCUCUCAAUUGAGGAGGAGCUAGAGAAAUGCAUCCAGGAUUUUCUGAAGAUAAAAAUUCCAGAUCGGUUUCCCGAGAGAAAACACCCUUGGCAAUCUGAACUUUUACGAAAAUAUCACCUAUAGGGAAGGGCUG